AUGCCAGCGAAGGAGUACGUGAAAAAGAAGCUCCAGGAAGUGGAGUCAGGAGACUACAGAGCGGAGGAGCUGUCGGAAGUGGUGAGCAGAGACGAGGUGGAUCCAGAUAGCCUGCUCCCCCGGUGGGACUCGAAAGGAAACCUGAUGGUGAGGAGAGGUUCAACAAAGGCGAAGGAGCAGAGCAUGCGCAAUGCAUACCAGAUGGUGGCGCCCCGCCAUACCAACCGCCCUGAGCUGCAGGGCGAAUAUGUGAAAGUUUUUGAGGACUUCAAAGACUACCUGCUUGGUGAGCAUGUCUUUGGGUUGUAUGCCAAGGACGCGGAUAGCAUGCAGGACAGGCACUUCACCACCCCGCUGGCCUUAUUUGCCAAGAGGCCCAGUGGAGUCCAACCACCAGGCCAGGGAGAGUAUGGAGAAGCAAAGGAACAGAGAUUUGAGGCAAAGGGUGGCAAAGACAAAGGCCAUGAAGAGACAAUUCCGGAGGAGACGCGGAAAGGUAGCCUUUAUGGAACAAGCGGAAGAUUGGGUAAGACAAAGAAGGAGUGGUACCUGGGGCCCCUUCCCAAGAAGGCAGGCCAACCGCCAACCCCUGACAACAGCAGCACAACAGCAGCAGCAUGGCCACCAGCGCUCUGUGAGUGGGUCGCUAUCCAGAUCCUGGCCUCGUUCGGGCAGAACAGUGAGAAAGGGGGCAGCCAGGAGACAAAGAGUAAGAAAAGGACCUUUGAGGAGGACGAAGGUUCAGAAAAUCCAGAAAAGAAGAGAGCUGCAGGGAGUGGCAGCAGGAUACAGACCCUUUUGACCCAGGGAAGGGAGGAGAAGGCCCCCCAAGAUGUUGCGUCUGGAAGGGUGCCAAGGCUGAAGUUGAUGGGAAGGCUGUUGGAGAUGGCGGGAGACAAGGACUAUGAGUUCUCACUCUGGCCGAGAGUAUACAUGACGGAGAAGCCCCAUUAUCCGUUGGCCAAAGAGCAUGAGGAUCAUGUCAGGCAACACCUCGAGGAGGAAGUGAAGGAAGGGCUUAUUGACAAGAUGUCACGGAGGGCAUUUGAGGAGAAGUUUGGAGAAGAAAGGGCUGUGGCAGCUUUUCCGGUCCUAGUGGAGGACGAGGCUUGGGGAGGGCGGCCGGAUGGAGGUGAUCAAAGGGGAGGAGGACAAAGGGUGAUCACCUUUUACACGGUUGAUGAGGUGAUUGCCCGCAUGGCUCAAAAAGAGAGGACUGCAAAGGCGUUACCUCUGUUGUCGCUCUACAAGGAGAUCCAAGCUUUGAAGGAGCAGCGCUCUAGAGAAAAGAAAGACGGAAAAUUUGGUAAAGCUUGCCAGUCGGAUAUGGGUCGAGCGAUUGGAGAAGCCCAGAAAAAGCUUGUCAUUUUCAGAAUUUUUAAGAUCACAGUGAUCACAGACCAGAAAACCCCCAUAGAGAUGACAAGAUUUGCCGUCGGUAGAAAUUUCUUGUGGCUCAAAGGGCCUGAAAUCGUCGGGCCCAUGAAAGCCGUGGCUGAAGAGAUGGACUUUCAAUUGCAGCUCUUGGACGAUGUGCCUGAGGCCUGCGCCGUUUCUUACGAUGAUGUCCAGCUGUUGGCUGAUGCUACGCACCCGAACCCAAAGCACGUCUUGGGAGUCCAGGUCAUGGGACCUUUCGUCGUCCUCCGUUGCUGGGUGAGUGGUGCUGAAGCCGUUUCCGUGAUCAACGAGCUGGAGAUUUUCCUUCCUGAGUGCUCAGAUGCCAAAGAGGAUCCGCCCGAGAAGGUGCCGCUUUUGCCUGUGUACCAUUGCCCACCAGAAUGUCCUUGGCUAUUUGAGCGUGCUUUCCUGUACACAGGUAAAGAAGACAAGUCCCAACUUCAGCACUGGAACUACGACAUCAGCGUCCAGUGUCUUGUUUCUUUUAAGGUUAAGACUCCCAGAAGUGGGAAACACUGUUGGGUAUCAAAAUUUAUUUUUUAG